CUGGUUAUGAGUUAGGAAAUUCUUAAAUAAGAGGCAUACCAGAAAAAUACAAAACAGAUUUGAAUGAGAUAAUAUGGAAUUUUAUUUGGGAUGGUAAAGUGAAUCAUGUAGACCGUAAGAACAAGCAACACCAGACGAAUCAAUCAUGUCAAUAGCUCUAUAUAGGUAUAUGUGUCUAAAUAUUGUCGGAUCAGAGGAGCACGUUAAAACAAUCAGAAUGGUACAUACAGUCAGAGACAAUCUUCCAGGCAAUGAUGAUAAGGGAAGGAUCACAAGUGGAAGUUUUGGAGAAGGACUGGAGAUGCGAGGAAGUGAUAUAGAUCUGAUGAAAAAAAUUCCAUUUACUGAGGUUUGUGAGACCAUAAACAUUCCUUGCAACCCUGAUAAAACAUAUUUCACCAUGGAAACAGACGAUACAGACCCCGGAUUUACCCUGUUACGUUUGAUACAUAUUGAUGAGUUUAACCCGUUAGUUUUUUGUGUACAGAUUGGAGGUAAAUACUACCUUUCAAACAUUUAUAUAAAACAAAUUUUCUUGAAUAAGUCUUCUUCUCCGAUCAUUCAUGGACCGUGUAUAUCCGACGAAGAUGGGGUUUACGACACUGCACCUUAUUUACAUUGUAAAUCAUGGAUAACGCAAGCACAACCGUGGAUAACACGAUCAAAUAACGGAUGGCCUGGACACAAUGUUAAACAGUCGAUUAUAAAACAAGGCGUUCUAUUUGUAGCAAAAGGUAUCCAAGGAUCAACCAAAGAAGAAUUUGAAUGGAGAAUAUCGUUUUCCGUUGGAGAAAAACGUCUGAUCUAUACAUUUACACACACGCAAUUACUAUGUUAUGCACUUUUGAAAAUUCUUCUCAAAGAUGUGAUAAGUAUCGACUUAGAUUGUAAAGAAUUACUUUGUUCAUAUUUCAUGAAAACAAUUUUGUUUUGGAUAUCAGGAAUUUCCACCUUCAAUAUGGAGACCAGAUAA